AUGCCGCCACGUCAGACCUGUAGUGAAGCGGCUGCGAGCCUUGAGCGUGAGCGUAGUGGAGUGGCUGCACUUGAGAACGCACCUGAGGAGUCAGGGGCAUCAAGCCCCUUAUCCCAGGCUCACAGCUCCCCUGGCGCAGAAGUCCAGCUUGCUAUGGUUGGUUCAACUCGAAGUAAGGGAAUGCAAAGCACUCGGCAGGUGGAGGAGUCGAAGAAACGGGCGAGCCGAAGCCAGGCCCGGCUUCAGAACGGAGGUGAGCUCGUAGCUGCCGAAGCCCACGAGCUUCGGGCCCAGAAAGCCGAGCUUCGGGCCCAGAAGCUCGCAGCCAAAGAAGCCCGGGAGGCUCGCCAGGCUAGAAACCAGGCCCAGAAGCAGCUCCACCAGGCUGGAAUUAAGGCCCGGAAAGAAGAGCGUUUCCGGAAGAAGAGCCUGGCUACUCUUCAGGGAUUAGGCCUCCCAAUUCCUCCGGAAUUAGAGGUCCCAAUUCCUGAUCCAGAAACCCUCGAAAGUGAGGGCGAAUAUGAGAAUGGGAGUGGAAAUGGGAGCGGGAAUGGGAGUGAUCAUGGGAAUGAGGAAAUGAUAAUUUUUUAAAAUGGUGAAAUUUUGUACCUUUACAUACAAUUUACUAUAGG